AUCUCAGACCACCGGACCCGAAAGGUUCUUAGGAAGUUGAAGGGCCUGGAGGAGGCCCGGGAACAAGUGGCCGCAGCUGGACCAACCAUGCUGCUACGAGAGGACAAUGGCUGUUGCACCCGGCGUCAAAGCAGCUCCAGCGCAGGGGACUCAGAUGGGGAGCGCGAGGACUCACCGGCUACGCGCGCUAGGCAGCAGCUGGAGGCGCUGCUCAACAAGACUAUGCGCAUUCGCAUGACAGAUGGGCGGACACUGGUCGGUUGCUUCCUCUGCACCAACCGCGACUGCAAUGUUAUCCUGGGCUCGGCGCAGGAGUUCCUCAAGCCGUCGGAUUCCUUCUCUGCCGGGGAACCCUGUGUGCUGGGCCUGGCCAUGGUACCUGGACACCACAUCCACGUCGUUUCUAUUGAGGUGCAGAGAGAGAGCCUGGCGGGGCCUCCCUAUCUCUGAACACGAUCGCGCAUGCCUUUCAGACUUCAUUAAAUCU